AUGAACUGGGCUGAGAGUGAGCAGAACUGCUCUGGGAUGGGCUCCCAGCUGGUGGUGAUCAACAGCAAGGCAGAGCAGGAAUUCCUCUUCAAGCAGAUAAAACAACCUCCACAAAGAAAGAAUUUCUACAUUGGUCUGUUUGUGGACAAGGAGGGCCAGUGGCAGUGGGUGGACAAGACUCCAUAUAAUGUGACAGCAGCGUUCUGGCGAGAAGGAGAACCAAGUGAUGGGCGUGAUGAGAACUGCACUGUAAUCCAUAAUCCUGAAAAAACUCUCAACAACCGGGAUGACAUGUAUUUAGAUGGGAACCAUCAUCAUAUUUGUGAAGCUGCAGCACUAACUGUGUGA